UCUCACUUUUUUUUAAAAGCAAAAUAGGAACGAAUGAUAAGGAAAAUGUUCCGCUAUCGAGCCUAUUUCUAAGGCGGACAUCCGGUUGUACUUCCGCUUAUUGACACUGACCAGAUUUACUUGUUUUCUCUGCUAGUUUAAGUAGUUUCGCGUUUUCAUUGGAUGAAUCUGAUCACUAUGCAUGAUAAACUAAAUUAUAUCAGUUAUUAUUCUUACGACAAAUAGACAGUUUAGUCGCGCGCCGUCGUCAAGCAUGGAGAAAUUUGAAGGCUACAUUUUCACGGCUCUCUGCAGCACCAACUUCUUGGUGUCCUGCCUGCUCUUCUCUAAAAUCACCCGCGAGCAGAGGGAGCCGUACAUGGACGAGAUCUUUCACAUCCCUCAGGCUCAAAAAUACUGCAGUGGGAAAUUCAAUGAGUGGGACCCGAUGAUCACGACUCUCCCGGGCCUUUACCUGGUCUCCGUGGGCGUGAUCAAGCCCGUGGUGUGGCUGGCCGACCUGACGGGCGAGGUGGUGUGCUCCACCGCCAUGCUGCGCUUCAUCAACCUGCUCUUCAACUGCGGCAACCUGUACCUGAUCUACCUGCUGCUCUGCAGGCUGCACCUGCGGGAGAAGACACGAACGACGUGGCGCAGAAUCCUGUCRGCGCUGUCCCUCUCCACCUUCCCCGUGCUCUACUUCUUCAACUUCCUGUACUACACGGACGCSGGGUCGACCUUCUUCAUCCUCUUCGCCUACCUCAUGAUGCUGUACGGCUGCCACAAGGCCGCGGCGCUCCUCGGCGUCUGCGCCGUGCUCUUCCGCCAGACCAACAUCGUCUGGGUGGCGUUCUGCGCCGGCACGGUGGCGGCCGCCAAGAUGGACGAGGCCUGGAGGGCGGAGCACGCCAAGAAGAGGGACGAGAAGUCUCCUCCCCCSCAGGUGCCUCUGACGUUCGGCGGAGCGAAGCGCGUGCUGCUUUUCUCCCUGGACUUCUUCACCUCGCCCRGCCACGUGAAGGCCGUGCUGCUGGGGGCGUGGCCCUACGCGGCGGUGGGCGUGGCUUUCCUCGCGUUCGUCCUGUUCAACGGCGGGAUCGUUGUCGGCGACAGGUCGAGCCACGAAGCCUGCCUCAACUUCCCCCAGCUCUUCUACUUCCUGUCCUUCUCCCUCCUCUUCUCCCUCCCCGUCUCGCUGUGCUACCACCGCUUGCUCCGCCUCCUGCAGGCUGUCAGGAAGCAGCCGCUCCUCUUCCUCUUCAUCACGGCGCUCUCCGUGCUCCUCGUGUGGAAGUUCACCUUCGUGCACAAGUACCUCCUGGCAGACAACCGCCACUUCCCGUUCUACGUGUGGAGGAAGGUCUACCAGCGGCACGAGCUGGUGCGCUUCCUCCUCGCCCCGGCGUACGUCCUGGCCGGCUGGAACUUCCUGGACUCCCUGCGGUCGCGCUCGCUCUUCUGGAGCCUGGCCUACCUGGCGUGCGUGGCGUGCGCCACCRUCCCCCAGAGGCUCCUGGAGUUUCGCUACUUCGUGGUGCCGUACCUGAUGUACCGCCUGCACAUGCCCCUCCCCCCGCUGCACAGGCUCGCCGGGGAGUUCCUGCUGUACGCCGCCGUCAACGCCGCCACCAUCUACGUCUUCGUCGCCAAGACGUUCCGCUGGCCGGACAGCGCGGCYGCGCAGAGGUUCAUGUGGUGAUCUCCGUUUAUCUGUCGGGAGGGCUGGAGUCUGUGGAGCGGACGCUGAAAAUCUCACAUUUCAACAAGUUUUGUUUUCAAAAGAAAGAAAUAAAGAGUCGAAACAUUAACAUAUCUGGUCUGUUUGGAAAGAAUUAAACAUCUUUAUCCUCCACAGGUUGUAAACAUGACUUUGAAAACUCAAUGAAUUUUCUUAUGACUGUUUUUUUUACUGUAAUUGUAAGAAAAAAAAUCAAUACAAGCUGUAUUUAUGAGCAAAAGAGACCAAAAGUGAUGAUAGCCAUACGAUAAGCCUUCUCCUCGUCAGGUCACUGAGGUUUGUGUGUUUUUAACUGAGGUCACAACUUUAAUUAUAACAACCUGUUAAAUAAUUUAGAUGUUUAGUUUUUUAUGUACUCUGUGAUUUUCUGUCAUGUGGUUAAUUUAGUUAAACUGCCUUUGUUUUGAGUUAACCCAAUGUUCUUCAAUUUUCUGUUUGUUGUUGCAAAUGUUGGAGCCAAUAGAUGAAAUGUUUAACUGACAGAUGACCUUUUUUUUUUUGUUUUUCUAAGUAAAAUUUAGGGUUUCCAAAUAUUUAAAAAAAAAUAAUUCUGAUCAGUCGUUACAUUUUUAAAUUUUACUUCUUGGUUUAUCUCGAACGUUUGCUGGCUGUUCAGCCUGGUCCUCUUACUUCCUGUGUGUAUUUGUGUCCAUCCAGCUGUAAAUUCGCUGCUCCUCUGUUGGUACCAUUUUGAAUAAAAAUGUCUUUUUGUAAAAAAAUAAAAAAAAAAUCUGUCUUA